GCUGGCCGUGCGCGCGGACCCUGCAGUCAUGGGGCUGCAGCCCCUGGAAUUCAGCGACUGCUACCUCGACAGUCCGUGGUUCAGAGAGAGGAUCCGCGCCCACGAAGCGGAGCUCGAGAGGACCAACAAGUUCAUCAAAGAGCUCAUCAAGGACGGGAAGAACCUUAUCGCGGCGACCAAAAGUCUCUCGGCCGCCCAGCGGAAGUUUGCCCACUCACUCCGGGACUUCAAGUUCGAGUUCAUCGGCGACGCGGAGACCGACGACGAGCGCUGCAUAGAUGCCUCCUUGCGUGAAUUUUCUAAUUUUCUGAAGAACCUGGAAGAACAGAGAGAGAUCAUGGCAUUAAGUGUAACUGAAACCCUGAUUAAACCCCUGGAAAAAUUCAGGAAAGAGCAACUGGGAGCUGUCAAGGAGGAAAAAAAGAAGUUUGACAAAGAGACAGAGAAAAACUAUGGCCUAAUUGAUAAACAUUUGAAUUUAUCAGCAAAAAAGAAAGACUCACAUUUACAAGAGGCAGACAUCCAAGUGGAGCAAAACCGGCAGCACUUUUAUGAACUGUCUCUCGAAUAUGUAUGCAAGCUGCAGGAAAUCCAAGAAAGAAAGAAGUUUGAAUUCGUGGAACCCAUGCUGUCAUUUUUUCAGGGAAUGUUUACUUUCUAUCAUCAGGGCCAUGAACUUGCCAAAGAUUUCAAUCACUACAAAAUGGAACUACAGAUCAACAUUCAGAAUACGCGGAAUCGGUUCGAGGGAACGAGGUCGGAGGUGGAGGAGCUGAUGAACAAGAUCCGACAGAAUCCCAAGGACCACAAGCGGGCAAGUCAGUUCACGGCAGAAGGCUACCUGUACGUGCAGGAGAAACGGCCUGCCCCGUUUGGGUCCAGCUGGGUCAAACACUACUGCAUGUACCGGAAGGCGGCCAAGAAAUUCAACAUGAUCCCGUUCGAGCACAGAUCCGGUGGGAAACUGGGGGAUGGAGAGGUGUUCUUUUUGAGAGAAUGUACCAAGAGGCAUGCCGACUCCACAGACAGAAGAUUUUGUUUCGAUGUAGAAGUUGCUGACCGGCCCGGUGUCUCCCUGACCAUGCAGGCGUUCUCCGAGGAGGAGAGGAAGCAGUGGCUGGAAGCGCUGGGUGGAAAAGAAGCUCUGUACCAUAGUUUUAAUAGAGCCAUCAUCCCAAGACCAGAAGAAAGUGCCCAGUUGGAUAAGAUGGGAUUCACAAUUCUCAGAAAGUGUAUCAGUGCAGUGGAAACACGAGGUAUAAAUGACCAAGGAUUGUACAGAGUUGUGGGGGUGAGUUCAAAGGUCCAGAGACUUCUCAGUAUAUUGAUGGAUGUAAAAACAUGCAAUGAGUUGGACCUGGAGAAUUCCGCAGAUUGGGAAGUGAAGACCAUAACAAGUGCCCUGAAACAGUAUUUGAGGAGUCUUCCGGAGCCUCUCAUGACCUAUGAGUUACAUGGGGAUUUCAUUGUUCCAGCCAAAAGUGGGAGCCCGGAAUCUCGUGUUAAUGCUAUCCAUUUCUUGGUACACAAGCUGCCGGAGAAGAAUAAAGAGAUGUUGGACAUUUUGGUGAAACACUUAACAAACGUUGCGAACCACUCCAAGCAGAACCUGAUGACCGUGGCAAAUUUGGGAGUGGUGUUCGGCCCGACUCUGAUGAGGCCCCAGGAAGAAACAGUUGCUGCCAUCAUGGACUUGAAGUUUCAGAACAUUGUUGUGGAAAUCUUAAUUGAAAAUCAUGAAAAGAUUUUUAGGACCGUGCCUGAUGCCACAUUGCCUGAGCCAGUCUCCCUGUCAGCAUCGCCCCCAAAUGCUCCACCAAGACAGUCGAAGAGACCAGGCCAGAGGACCAAGAGACCCAUGGCUGUGUAUAAUCUUUGUCUUGAGCUGGACGAUGGUGACAGUCCGAGCCCUUCGAAGGAGGACACCCCGACCAGCAGUCUGGACUCACUUUCCCCCUCAUUUCCCACGAUGACCGCUGUCCAUGGGCUUCCCGGACCAGACAAAAACCACCUCGUCACCAACCGGGACUGGGCAUCCUCUGACUCAAGCCAGACCCGAUCACCGAUGGUCCAGUGGCUCAACCCGCAGUCCCCGACCACACCCGGCUGCAACCCAGCUCUCACACCCCCUUCACCCAGCGCGUCACCUUUCCCCUUCUGUCCUCCUGGCCCCGCCGUGGACAAGCCACCUGAGAGCGUGGCCAGUCGGAAGGCUCGAGCGGUGUAUCCCUGUGAGGCAGAACACAGCUCCGAACUGUCUUUCGAAAUAGGAGCGAUUUUCGAGGACGUGCAAACCUCGAGGGAACCUGGCUGGCUGGAAGGGACUCUGAACGGCAGGAGGGGGCUGAUUCCACAGAACUACGUGAAGCUGCUCUAGCCGUGGCCCGCGAGGGCCCCGCACGGACCCUGGACCCAAGGACCCACAGCCACCGGGCACGCGGAAUUCCAGAUCGCGGAUCGGCACCCAGGGGCGGGGAGGGGCCCUGCACAGAACUGUGUAGACCCGCAGAGCGGGCGGGGAAUGGCAGGGUGGACUUCUCGUUUGUCAAGUCUUAGGACACGUGCUAGGUAAUUUCCCACUUUACAGCGUGGGAGGGAGGGUGGUGGCCUUCUGUCAGCCCGACCUCCCCACUGGCGACCACACCACCGGACACCUCCCCGCACCCGCUGCCGAGACUCUCAGGGGCCUGUCCUCGUGAUGGUGUUUGCAGGACGCCUGGCUCUGGCUGACCUGCUGCCGAGGGGCUGCUGCCGUGUCCCGGCCGUGGCGGGGUCCCAGCCCAGAGGGCCGCCCUCGGCCCCCGCUCACUCUGCUCCGGGAACACCGGCGUAUUUAUCUCAGGCUUCUCCUCGGUGUUGCUCACCUGUGUGCUCUUCCCCGACACCACCUUUUCGC